UGAAGCUUUACCUCUUCAAGUUUGUAACUAUGGCUGCCCGCAUAAGCAAGGUUAGGGGGAUUCCUAAAUCCAGAAGAGAGUGGAAGUCGGUUUCUAAACAACCGGCCAGGGCCAAAUUUCAAGUUAAAGCAUGGAAGAAAGGUUUUAAGAGGUUAGAACAAGAAAGAAAAGAAAAGCUUAUGAGGAAGUUAUUUUUAAAAGAGCUUUCUGAAGAAAAAAAGAAAAAAGUUGAGAUGGAAAGAGAAAGAAAACGUUCAAAUAAGAAAAGAAAGGAAGAUAAUGAAAGAAAAAGCGAAGUAGUACAGUUGAUUAAAAAUCCAAGUAAAAUUAAAAAAUUGAACCGCAAGCAACUUCGUCAACUGGCCAUGAGAUGA